AUGCCAAAUCUUAUUGUUGUUGCACUUGUUUUCAUGGUUGUUGUUGGGGUAUUUGCUGUCGAGUCACCACCUUCACCAGUCCCUUCCAAGACAUCUUCACCUUUGAAGCCACCAUCUGCUUCUUCUCUGGCUUCUUCCCCCAAGUCCACUUCCAUUAAGUCACUGUUACAACCCUUCAAUAGCUCCUCUUUUUCACAAUCAAAAUCCGACGAAGGAGACCCCAAGUCAUCUCAUAUUGGAUCCCCAAAGAGCUCUUCAAGCUCAUCUUCCCCUAGCCCUAGUCAAAGUGACAACCCUAACACCAACAAAGGAUACUCUUUUGAGGUUGAGUCUCCUGAAGAGGUCUCAUCCCCUCCUUUACCAACUGCCAAUGAUGAAGUUUCUAACUCCUCUUUUUCUGGCCCUAAAAGCACGGGUGAUGUUGUUGAUAGUGAUAGCUCUGCACUAGCACCAACACCCUCUAAUGCCAUUAAAAUUAAGGCCACCAUUAGCAUUGUCGAUGUUGUAACUAUAGUCGGAUUCUUCCUCUUUUAA